GCGCGAAAAAAAGGCAGCGUGGGAAGAGGCUCGAAACGGCAGUUGCAAAGGAGCAAGAAAUGACCCUUCUGUAUCAUCGGGUGCAAAUGUAGGGUAACAAAGUGCCCGUGGUCGCCGACGAUAUGCCAUCGCAACACUUGAUAGUCAUGGGCAGUAAAGCUCCAGAGCAUGUCCUCCCUAUCCUCCUUGAGGUCAUUGCGAAGCAGAUCUCGCUCAAGGAGAUGGAGAAGAAGUUCCAGGUUGUCAAGCAAGUCGCCUACGUCUGCAAGGCAUUCGCUGUUGGCGUGGGUGCUGUUGACUUUAAGGAGGCCGAGAGACGGUUUCCUCUCCACACGAAGAAAGAACUUUUGGAGAAGUUCGCCGGUGGCGUCAGGAGGGGUCAGACGAGUAUCCCCGCACUAGAUCGCCAUAUUAAACGGGCUUUGGAAUGGAAGAACAAGGAGAGGAGACUUCAAGCAAAGGAGGAUCUUCAUGCGUUCCGUUCAAAACCUCUCAUGGAACCUUUCGUCGACUGGACGGAGGUGGCACACGAGAACACCUCGGCGGAAGUGAAGAUUAUCAACGACGACAUGAGGUUUCUGUCGAAGAUGCAGACAGAGAAGCUGCCGAUAUCUCUGGCUAUUUUCGAUUUCCCUUACGACUUCUCUCACGACGGACAUGCAUAUGAUAACGAGCCGUUUCCGGAGUCGGACGUCGUGGAGGGUCUUCACAAUCUGAAGGACGUCUCCAGUGCCCCCCUGUGGACAGUUGCGGGAUUCUGCUCGGUGGACAUGCUUCCUUCCAUUCGCUCCGCCUUCCGGGAAGUUUGCAAUGUAGGGCAGGAGCUUUUGACUUGGUGCAAGCCUAAUGUAACGAAUCCCGGUGGACCCCUCCUUGUGAGUGCCACGAAAUUCUGCGUGUUGGGCUAUUACAGCGAGACUGGGCAGCGCGAGAUGGCGCACAAUAAUUUUGAUCCCACGGAUCCGCGUCACAAUUUCCAACUCUUCAAUGCUGUGAUGCAGAAGUAUCAGCACCCUGGUGGUGGUGUCCUUUGCCCGUACCAGAAGCCCCACGCUUUGUACUCGUGGCUUGUGAACGAGUUUUCUCCUGAUGGGGCCUGCAUUCUGGACGGUUUCUCUGGUUCCGGCACAGGCGUCAUUCCAUGUGUCAAGGCGAAUCAGAAUUGUCUCGUGGUGGAGAUAAACACCAAGUGCGCUAAGGGCAUCGCCACAAGGCUUUUGACAGACAUCGGCGGCACACUUGCACGUGAAACACCAAAGAGGAAGCAAAAGGCAUCGCAAGGCAGCCCACCGUCGAACUUGUCUGGGGACGCGAAGUUUGUCGAAAAUGAGCUUGGCGUCGAUGGAGACACAGACACUACUGCUAGAGUGGCGCAGAUCGCCGGGGAGGGCGCAACAGUCGUUAGCGGGCCGUCAAGUGUGCAGAAAACCGCUUCUGGCCAUAUGUUGAGGCUGCUGAACAUGCUGCCGGACAGGCCGGUGAGCAGCCACCUGUUUCCGGUGAGUCGGUUUCCGUGCCUGUUCCUGACGUUGUUCCCGACGCUGGACCCGAGGCUGAGACGCAACCUGCAGCCGAGGUUGUUCCCGCUUCCACAAAUGAUCACCAGACUUCUCGAGCCUCGCCAUGAGCCAAGAAUCGGACAGAACCACGGCUGGCGGCAGGAAGGGGCGCAAACCAAAGGCGGACGGUGAAGAGGUAUCGAGUCCACAAGGCAG